AAACAAAAAAAAAAACCAGUGAUGUCAAUGAACGAUUCCCUGGGUCUAAAAGCUUUGCAACUUCCGAGUUAUUUUUCAGUCACUAAGAUUACGACAUCGUUUUUCUCACCUAAGCUAAAUCCUCCGCCUCUUCAACAGUUCACCCUUCUCGGUAGCUCUCUCUUUCUCUUUCAGGCCUAUCGCCAUAUUAUCGUUCUCAUUUUCCGAUCAUAUCUCUAUCAGAUGCUUUGGUGAAAAGCUUGAGGGUAAGAGCAGCUUCAAACCGCAUGCUUUGUUCCUUUGCAGCGCGAUUCUGAGAAUUCUAUUCUCAGUGAGUAAGAAUUCUUGAGUGUUGAAAAACACCAGCAUGUUUUAGAAGAGCUAGCAUGGAAGAUCAAUAUUCUGUUAGUAGUCCUAGAAGAAUCCUUAGUUUGUCAAAGAGGAAGAGGGCAACUGUAUACUUUCAAGACCCUGAUGACAAGGGUUCUGGCUUUGGAGUGGCUGGAGAGCAUGGACUAAAAACUUCUGAAGUUUAUGGUUUUGUAGGUUCCAUUACAACUAUUGUUGCUACAGUUAUUUUCUUGGUAUGGGCAUACGUUCCUGAACCUCUUUUGCACUCAAUUGGGGUCUUUUACUAUCCCAGCAGGUAUUGGGCAUUGGCCGUCCCAACUUAUGCUAUGGUUACAGUAGUACUAGCACUUGCAUUUUAUCUUGGCCUCAACUUCUUGUCAACCCCUCACCCGACUUCCUCGAGUACAAUUUUUGAUGACUUCAGCAGGGAACCUGCUGAUUCUGUUCCUUUGACAGAGGGGGAUGAUCAGCCCAUAGAACCCAUAUCCGAUAUCAGUAUUAAUAAAAUUAAUAGUCUCAUGUUCAAGAACGUAAAAUGACAGAUCUACCCCUGGAUGAGGCUGCUCCGCCUUAUUGAUGCUUGUCUUCUUCCAGUUUGUAAUGAAAUUUGAAAUCGAAGAAUAGAUCAUUGUCAAACAAGAGAAGAAGAAAUCAUUACUUUUGUUGCUUCUUGAAGCGACAAUAGACCACAAUCAUUUUGAUCUUUUGUUGCUCUACUGGCCUUUUAUUAAUAUUUAAUAUAAAGUAGAUUUGAAUUUGUGUUGCCUUUCUAAAAAAACUACGAUUUAUGUGAUUUUGUAAAUAUUCAAACAUGCAUGGCAUGUAAUUUUAUAGUUCUGAACAUCUAAUUAUGAUAUACUUUAUCAA